AGCAAGCCUUGUGGACACUUGUGUGUGAUGGUGUGUGUGGUUCAGUCCGCCAGUGUGAGUUUUUUUUUACUUGCCUAGCCUAGAUGUGAGAGUGUUAAUUACUGACGACUCCUUCUUUACCCCUGGUUUUUUGAGAAGGCUGUCUUUCUCCCCUUUGACUGGAGACCAAACCCCUGAACUGACUGUGAACUGUGAAAGAAAAGAUUUUGAUCCACUUGUCAAGGGUCAAGAUGUCGUCAAUAACUUGUUUAGCAUGCAAUGUUGGAUUUGAUGAUGUUGAUCUGGGGCGACUGCACUACAAAACGGACUGGCACCGUUAUAAUCUGAAGAGAAAAGUGGCUAACUUUGUUCCAGUGACACUGGAAAAGUUCCAGGAACGUUUGUCUCUUCAGGAAAAACAGGAACAAGAGAGUGCAAGUUCUCAAGAGACUUGCUUUUGCAAACCUUGCAACAAAGUCUUCAGUACUUCAAAUGCAUAUGAAAACCACAUUCAAUCGAAGAAACACAAAGAUGUACUCUCUGGAAAAGAGGAUAAUAAGAAAAGAAAAUCCAAGCGUGGUGGAAAGCAGCAGGCAACGAAACAGCAAGGCCAGGUGAAACCUGAGCCACCAGUAGAAGAAGCUAUGUCUGAAGGAGAUGAUGACUGCGAUGCAGAGUCCUGGGACAGCUAUGAGGAAGAUACUCUGGGCAUUGAAGAGUGUUUGUUUUGCUCUUUCUUGAGUUCCAGUCUAGAAAACAAUGUGAACCAUAUGACAUCUGCUCAUGGCUUCUUCUUGCCGGAUGCAGAGUACAUCAGUGACUUGGAAGGUCUCAUCACGUACCUCGGAGAAAAAGUUGGUGCUGGAAAAGUGUGUCUUUGGUGCAAUGAUAAGGGUAAACGGUUUCACAACACGAAAGAUGUUCAGAGACACAUGGUGGAUAAAGGUCAUUGUAAAAUGCUCCAUGAUGGCAAUGUGGUGUUUGAGUAUGCAGACUUUUAUGAUUACACACCAAGUUACCCUGAUGGGGCAGAUCCGGAGACAAAUCCAGAUGAAGUGAUCAACCCUGAAGAACUUGAAACUGACGGUUUCUCCCUUACUCUUCCGUCUGGUGCACAGGUGGGGCACAGAUCCCUGAUGAGAUACUACCAGCAGAACUUGGUUCCCCACACACGAGAUGGAACAAAGAAAGUUCUUCCCAAGAUGCUGGCUUAUUACAAAGCUCUGGGAUGGACAGGAACCACAGGGACUCAAGUUGCACAACGGGUGAAAGACGUUCAGUACAUGCAACGACUGCGGACACGCUACCACAUGCGUCUCGGCGUCAAAGCAAACAACUUCCGCCAUCGCUUCAGGGAUCCUAAUGGGCCUUGAGGAAAAGAAUGUCUGGGAAUCAUUGUUUGUUGCUGUUAAGUUUUAAUGAUUGGCUGUUUUUAUUUUCUACAUGAAACCAAUUUAUGGCUGCUAUUUAUUUUCAUGGGAAGGUUUUGGUGCAUUUAUCCUUAUUUGUGAGGGUUGCUUUCAGAGGCAAAGGCAAGCACUAACAGAUUCUAGUAUUUUUUCUGAUCACGGCCUUGGUGCCUUAAAACAUGAAUGCUGUGACAUUUAAGGAUCAUGUAAACAACACAUACAAAUACAUUUUUAAUUUUCGUCAAAAAUGUCUCCACGACGACCAUCUGGAACUUUAAAAAAAUUUAGUUCACAUUUUCUCUUUUCAAAGAAAACUAUUCCAGAUUUGCAGUGUACAUACUUUACCUUUACAGCAGUCAGUUAUUUUUUACCUGUACUUGCCCUCAGCUGUUGAUUAUUUUUGCUUAAACUACACUGACACAAGGUAAUGUCAGAAAAACAGUCAUAAAACACACCCCACUGAAGCUAGAAAAUUGUAUCAUACAUCAUAUUAACCACAAAUUGAUGAAGAAUUUUAAAAAAACACAUAUAAGAGUUGGAAAUAAAUUUUCCACUCACAUUUA